AUGACUACGCAGCAGAUCGCAGCUCUGCUGCUGUUGUUUACUUGCUUUGCCCUGGUGAUUCCACCAAGUUCCCCGACGACAACGUCGGCCGUGCUGAAGCUGGGCUGCGAUAUCGAGGAUCGCGUUUGCUAUCUGCGGAAUGUCUACGCCUCGGAGGGAGAUCGUUUCAAGAAUAUGGAAGGAUCAGAGGGCGCUGAUGUGAUCGAGUUUUUCGACUGCCACAUUCAUACGUUGCCACGGAUUCCUUACAUUAAGAGGGUACGUGCAACGGGGAUUAAACUGGUACGGAUUUUGGAGAAGACAUUUGCCACGGUUGUACAUCUGGAUGUUUCCUCAAAUCGAUUGCGGGAGUUUUCGGCUGGGGCCUUUGAAUGGCCGGAAGAGGUGCAGUCUUUGAAUAUUGGAGGGAAUCCGCUGUUGAGAGAUGUAAGUGUCGUUAUGAAGCUGAUUGAACUGCUCGAUUUGCAGAUGCCGGAUAUGAAACUCGAUUUGGAAUUAGUAGAUAAAAAUAUUUUCAGCGGAAUGAAAAAUUUAAAAACGCUGAAUCUAAGUAAUAACAAGAUUGUGACGGUGCCUGUAGGAAUUUUCAAUCGUUUGGAGUCACUGGAAUUGUUGGACCUGAGUAAUAAUUACAUAACACGAAUCAAUGCAGGUUCAAUGGUUAUAAUUUACGAGCCGUAUAGUUUGCGGAAACGCAGUUUGACGAUAUCGCUGUCUAAGAAUAAUAUUUCUAUCAUAGAAAACAAUUCGUUUAUGGUCGUGAAAAAUGUGGAUCUAAGCGAUAACAAGUUGAUCGGGAUUGGACCAACUGCUUUCAACAAUGGAUCAGAGCUGGAAAUUCUUACACUCUCGGGUAACAGACAGUUGAGGAAUUUCAAUUUUCUCAAGCCCUUAGGCACUCUCCACACCCUGACGAUGAGCAACAUGAAUUUUACCUUCGCUGGUAUUCCGUUGGAUGUCUUCCGAGGACAGGAUAAUCUGGCAUCACUGGAUUUGUCACACAACGAUAUCGAAACGCUACCGAUUGGGAUAUUUUCGGAUCUCUCGUCUGUGAAUUACAUCAAUCUACGGUACAAUCGCAUUUCUCACGUGGAAUUUGGCACGUUUUCGAUCCGGAAAUAUGACCUGAUUGACGAGAUCGAUCUAUCCUACAACGAGCUCAGUGACCUCAACUAUCUGGUUUUUGUACCCCUCAAAUAUCUGCGUGUGCUCCUACUGCACGGCAAUCAGAUACCCUACGUCAACGCAGAUCAGCUGAAGCGUAGCAGAAGUCUUCAAAACUUCGGAAUUCAAAACAAUCCCAUCAGCUGUUCCGAUUUGGUCGACCUGCUCGGCGUCUACAAACUGGUCCUCGAUGGGCAGGAAUUCGUAGCUCACGAGCCCAACGUUAACGGUAUCAGGUGUAAUCCCUCGGAUCGUCUUGUUUAGUUUAUGUAGUGUACUUUAGUAGAGUCUUAACACCAAAUAUAGUUCACUUCAGCUCAAAGGAGCUGGCAACUGAA